UGUUUUUCGAAAUUAAUCUAUUCGAGGGAAGUCCAGACAAUUCAGCAGGAACCUUACCGAUCGACUGAUUUGCCGAGCAGCUUGUCACUCCGAAAAAUCCAACCCAACACUCAACCGCUGGAUUUUGAGAGCAGACGAGUUAGUUGUCAAUCAGGAAUAAUGAAAGGAAUCGACGUUUUUGAACGAGUGAUGAGCCAAUGACCACUCGCAGGCGGCGAGGUGGAUCAGAGUCUGAGGGCAGCGAGCUUCUUGGACCUUCAAGUUCCUCGUGGACUUCUCAAACACACCAUUCAAAUGGACUGCCUCCACUAGAAGCAUACAUUGAUCCUACCAUGGCUUCUAGAGAUCGAACUAAAGAGUUUUUCACCACGGCACACUCCCUGCAGGGCAGAGAGCUGAACCGAAUGACCAAUACUGCGGUGAGGGACCCUAGACGGCAGCAGAACCUUCACAGAUAUGCCGAAUUCAUGAUAAUAGCAAGAAAUAUUGGGAAGAACAUCAGCGGAACUUACGCGAAAUUAGAGAAAUUGACUUUAUUGGCGAAGAAGAAGUCACUGUUUGAUGACAGGCCUGCUGAAAUCCAAGAGCUGACCUACAUCAUCAAAGAAGACUUGAACAGCCUGAACCAACAGAUCGCCAAGCUGCAAGGCGCAGCCAAAAGCCAGCAGGACAACUCGAAUCGCAAGCACCUGAUGAGUCACUCGUCCAGCGUUGUGCUCACUCUUCAGUCCAAAUUGGCAUCCAUGUCAAGCGAGUUUAAAAAUGUGCUUGAAGUCCGCACCGAAAACCUCAAAGCGCAGCGUUCACGGCAAGAGCAGUUUUCACAAGCUGGCGCCCUGGCGUCACUCCCUCCUUCAGCACUAACUGCCGGACCCCGACAAGGAUCAGUGCUCCUGGCCGAGGAGCAGGUAUCCAUUGAAAUGGGCGGCUUAGUGGCCCCUCCGUCGCUCACCAUGCAGGGCCAGCGAAUGCUGAUGCAAGAUGAGUCGAACCAGUACUUGCACAGCAGAGCGGAGACCAUGCAAAACAUCGAGUCCACCAUCGUGGAACUUGGUGGCAUAUUCCAGCAGCUGGCACACAUGGUCAAGGAGCAAGAGGAGAUGGUGGAGCGCAUUGACACAAACAUUCAAGACGUGGAGUUGAACGUGGAAGCCGCGCACAGCGAGAUACUCAAGUAUUUUCAGUCUGUCUCUUCCAAUCGGUGGCUGAUGAUCAAGAUUUUUGCGGUGCUGAUCUUGUUCUUCAUUUUCUUUGUCGUGUUUCUGGCCUAAACAGCAGACGAUUGGAAUUCCUAAAAAUCCCCCUAAUCUAUUGGACUGAUAAAAUUGGAUUUCCCAGUCUGGAUCGCACCUGAUUUUGCGGACAGAGGCUGAUGGAAAAUUAUAUUAAAUUUUAUGCAGUUAGAAUUUUUAGAUAUAUCACCAAUUAUUAUAUAUUAUUAUUAGCAAAAUGUUGAUGCGCGCAAUUUGAGCUUUUAGCCAGCCUCUGUCAUUAGGUCAAAAUUUACCAUUGAUGGCUUUGAUCGCACUGAUAUAAAAUGAAUGGGCCUUUAACCAAUUGAAGUGAAUUUCAAGUUUGGACUCGUGUUGGACUUGUUCUUUUUAGAGGCUGUGUCAACUCAUUUUGUCCCUUACAGUCUCCUUGUCAUUUGUAUCCAAUUAUUGGAAAAAGGGGGAGUGGAUGCAUUUGUUUCAAUUCGAUUGAUCAUAUAAUAAAUUUAUAAGCCAGGUUACUAUAUUUAGA